AUGGCGCUUCUUAAUCUAGCUGCCCUUCUCUGGGUUCUCUGGAUCAUUGGAUCAUUUCCCCAGAUGGUUGAAGCUUCGGCUGUAAUCUCUUCUAUGACUUCGGAAUCUAAUGGAAAUGGAGCUAUUCAAUCCCUCGAAAACUUAAUCUCAUCUCAUAAACUCCACAAAGGAUAUGAAGACUCACUGGCCCUGAUUAACUCUCUGAACCUUCCACACUCCUGCCUUUAUAGCUCAUUGACUGAGUCCAUAAUCGAAAAGUGUUCUGUUUCUCCGACCGUCCUGGACGGAGAAGAGAAGAAUUUCUUUGCAACGAAGCUUGCUAUCUGUGAAUUGUCGUCAGCCAACGUCGACUAUCCGCGGGAGUGUCGAGGUAAUAUCCAAUCGUCGAAGGAACUCAAAAAGUGUAUCAAGAAGCUUGAGACCCGAGCUCAGUGGUGGACUAGCUGGAGCAAUUGCAUCCAAAGUGUGGGUGUAUUAUGUCAAGCCGUCAGGGAAGAAGCACAAAGAGUUACCGUCACAGAUAGUCUUCUUCGACUCCAUCGCAACCUCACCGUUUUACAUCACCAACUUGAAAACCGUCUUGUCACCUCCCUUGACUUCCAAACCUCAGCUAUCAAGCAAGCAUCACAAUCCUCCAACAUGAUUAACCAACGUGUCGCCAUUCUCAUUAGUGAGAUGGAUACCUUGCUCAAUCAUACUAUUGUUCCCAUGAAUAGCCACCUCAAAAACAUCAAGGCCGUAAUGGCCAACAUCGACAGGCUCCAAGUAGCCCAGGCUGCUCAUCUCGCGGAACAGGGGACUGUUCUCGAUGAGCAUGCCCGGGCUCAGAGGGAAACGAUGUACAGGAUCGAUACCAUUGUUAAGCAAGUUAUCGAAGCUGUUGAGACGUAUGAGAGUCUCGUGGAGAGGAAGAACGAGGCCGAUGACGAAGCUAGGCGCAAGAGCCUUUUAGAGAUGUCGUCGGCCAUUGCGGCCACGACUGGUGAAACCAUUGAUGCCAUCAAGGCUACCAUGAAGGUCCUGGACGACCUCGGUAGCGAGACUGGCAUGAAGGUUUCUGGUCUCGUAGACAAAAUCACAGAGGGACAUGCGCAACUCAGCAACCUUGCUGAGAACUAUGACUCGCUGGCCACGAGCCAUGAAAGGAUCUCCCGAUCCAUGCUUGAACAAGAGGAAACGGCUACCCGUCAACUUGAAACUGUUGUCCACCAGGCAACUGUCUUCAACAACACGUUCCUCAAUGCCAUCGCAGAGAGCACUGGGUACCUUCAGAAGCUCUCAGAGUUGCGAAAGAACUCUCUCUAUAACAUGGGUGUAGUUCCAGGGUUGGCUUUGGUAUCAACUUACCUCCCUGUUCUCGUCAGCAUUCUUGUUGUCCUUGAUCGCAAGAGAACAGCUAUUGCUGUCAUCUUCUUUGCGACCUUGUACAUCUUUUUUAUGACGUAUCCUUUUGAAACCGCUCCGGAGUCGAAUGAUUCGGCUGGUGAGACGAUGAAUACAGAAGGAUUGCUGCUCGACGCCGGAAAUGAUAAGUACCGCUGGUUUCAGUCUCGUAACCAAACUGUGCGCUGGUUUCAGGAUCAUGCCGCCGAGAUGAUCGGGUACUUCCGCGCCUUCUGGUAA